GUCAUUAAACCUAACUGGCAAGCCCUUCGUACUUCCCCUCCCGUCCCUAGGUUCCUUAAAUCGACUCUGAAAUACCUGCCAAUCUUAUCCUGAAACAGAGUUUCGACCCUCAGAACAGUCUUGCCCUCAUCUUUGGGACCCGAUUCGUCCGGCUGAAUCUGACAUUCGAGGGGCGGGUUGGUUGGAACCACCCUACCAGGCCUCCUUCAAUCCCACACCGUGUCCACCUUUGCCCUCAGGAUGGCGUCCCGGAAGUGACGUAGAGGAAGCGGAAGUGCUGUCUUGUUACCGACUUCCUGUUGUUUGAGGCUGGGUGGGGGUGUGCGGUUGUGUGGGGCGGCCUGGGGCAACCCAGCAGCUGCUGACCCUCUGCUUGUUGGGAGUGGAGUCGGGAGGCGGCCGUCAUGGCGGUGUCGGAGAGCCAGCUCAAGAAGAUGGUGUCCAAGUACAAAUACAGAGACCUAACUGUACGUGAAACUGUCAAUGUUAUUACUCUAUACAAAGAUCUCAAACCUGUUUUGGAUUCAUAUGUUUUUAACGAUGGCAGUUCCCGGGAACUAAUGAACCUCACUGGAACAAUUCCUGUGCCUUAUAGAGGUAAUACAUAUAAUAUUCCAAUAUGCCUAUGGCUACUGGACACAUACCCAUAUAAUCCCCCUAUCUGUUUUGUUAAGCCUACUAGUUCAAUGACUAUUAAAACAGGAAAGCAUGUUGAUGCAAAUGGGAAGAUAUAUCUUCCUUAUCUACAUGAAUGGAAACACCCACAGUCAGACUUGUUGGGGCUUAUUCAGGUCAUGAUUGUGGUAUUUGGAGAUGAACCGCCAGUCUUCUCUCGUCCUAUUUCGACAUCCUAUCCACCAUACCAGGCAACAGGGCCACCAAAUACUUCCUACAUGCCAGGCAUGCCAGGUGGAAUCUCUUCAUACCCAUCUGGAUACCCUCCCAAUCCCAGUGGUUACCCAGGCUGUCCUUACCCACCUGGUGGUCCAUAUCCUGCCACAACAAGUUCCCAAUACCCUUCCCAGCCUCCUGUGACCACUGUUGGUCCCAGUAGGGACGGCACAAUCAGCGAGGACACCAUUCGAGCCUCUCUCAUCUCAGCGGUCAGUGACAAACUGAGAUGGCGGAUGAAGGAGGAAAUGGAUCGUGCCCAGGCAGAGCUGAAUGCCUUGAAACGAACAGAGGAAGACCUGAAAAAGGGUCACCAGAAACUGGAAGAGAUGGUUACCCGUUUAGAUCAAGAAGUAGCUGAGGUUGAUAAAAACAUAGAACUUUUGAAAAAGAAGGAUGAAGAACUCAGUUCUGCGCUGGAGAAAAUGGAAAAUCAGUCUGAAAACAAUGAUAUCGAUGAAGUUAUCAUUCCCACAGCUCCCUUAUACAAACAGAUCCUGAAUUUGUAUGCAGAGGAAAAUGCUAUUGAAGACACUAUCUUUUACUUGGGAGAAGCUUUGAGGAGGGGAGUGAUAGACCUGGAUGUCUUCCUGAAGCAUGUACGUCUUCUGUCCCGUAAACAGUUCCAGCUGAGGGCAUUAAUGCAGAAAGCAAGAAAGACUGCCGGUCUCAGUGACCUCUACUGACUUCUCUGAUACCAGCUGGAGGUUGAGCUCUUCUUACUUUCUUCUCUUCCUUUCUCUUAUCAGUAGGUGCCCAGAAUAAGUUAUUGCAGUUUAUCAUUCAAGUGUAAAAUAUUUUGAAUCAAUAAUAUAUUUUCUGUUUUCUUUGGUAAAGACUGGCUUUUAUUAAUGCACUUUCUAUCCUCUGUAAACUUUUUGUGCUGAAUGUUGCGACUGCUAAAUAAAAUUUGUUGCAUAA